CUUGCCGCACUAACCCCUGAACAGUGAAUGGCGGGAUCUUCGCGUUCGCGUUCUGACUUGUUUUCCAGUUUGUACUAGCGGCGACGUGUAGAGCCUUCUUCGGCAAAGCGCCGAUAUUAUCCUUAAUAUCGGGAAACAGCUGCACACCCUAUCGGCAGCCGAUUUUAGUCGUGCUUUGCGUCGUGUGCGCCGCGUUCCUGGGACUCUGGACAAAGCACCAAGAUGACGGACGUCCAAGAAAGAGACGUCGUGGAUUACGACCAGGCAGAAAGCUUUGGGCCGUUGAAAAUCCAGAAACUCGAGGGCAAUGGCAUCGGGGCAGCAGACAUCCGUAAGCUCGAAGAGGCCGGCUUCCACACAGUCGAGGCUGUGGCUUACGCGCCCAAAAAGCAGCUGCUCACCAUCAAGGGCAUCAGUGAGGCCAAGGCCGACAAGUUGCUCGCCGAGGCGGCCAAGAUGGUGCCGCUUGGCUUCACCACGGCUACCGAGAUCCACCAGAAGCGGUCGGACAUCGUCCAGAUCACAACGGGCUCCAAGGAGCUCGACAAGCUGCUUGGCGGCGGCAUUGAGACCGGCUCCAUCACUGAGGUGUUUGGCGAGUUCCGCACGGGAAAGACGCAGCUGUGCCACAUGCUGGCCGUCACCUGCCAACUGCCCAUCGAACACAGCGGCGGUGAGGGCAAGUGCCUCUACAUCGACACCGAGGGCACCUUCCGGCCCGAACGCUUGCUCGCUGUGGCCGACAAGUAUGGCCUGUCGGGGCCCGACGUACUGGACAAUGUGGCGUAUGCGCGUGCGUACAACUCGGACCACCAGACACAGCUACUCAUUCAGGCAUCAGCCAUGAUGGCAGAGACCCGGUAUGCACUACUCAUAGUCGACUCGGCCACAGCACUGUACCGCACCGACUACUCUGGCCGGGGAGAGCUGAGUGCGCGGCAGAUGCACCUGGCACGGUUUCUGCGAAUGCUGCUCAGGCUGGCGGACGAGUUUGGCGUUGCAGUGCUCAUCACCAACCAAGUAGUUGCUCAGGUGGAUGGAGCCGCCAUGUUCUCUGCCGACCCCAAGAAGCCCAUUGGAGGAAACAUCAUGGCGCACGCUUCCACCACGAGGCUUUACCUGCGCAAGGGUCGUGGGGAGACUCGCAUCUGCAAGAUCUACGACUCGCCGUGCCUACCCGAGGCCGAAGCCAUGUUUGCCAUCACGCCCCAGGGCAUAUCCGACGUCAAGGACUGACACCUCCUAGUCAAGUAUACGCUGCACAUGCACUUGGACACUGCCAUCGCAUUGGUGAGACGUGACCCACAAUUGAUUGGCUGCACAUUACUAUACUGAACCUCAGUGGUUGCACACUUGUCGCUUCCUGAUGCAUCGACUGAAGAAAUGUCUGUAUGCUGGGACUAAGGCCAUCGAGUCCUACAGUGUAGCUUCGGGAUGUGGACCAACUAACUAAACAACCUCGUUUGCGUCCCCUUGGUGUGUUUUCGUGUGUGCUUCUUGGGAGAUUUUAUGCAAGUGCUCGACAGUGUUACCAUGAAAACUCAAGCAUAAUACAAAAGGGUAACAUUAGUUUUCUUUGCCACGUGCAGUAGACUCUCCUUAAACAGA